AAGUGAAUAAAUAGUGAAUUUGUUAUUGUGCAUUACGACGUUUUACUUCGACACUGGCCUGAACCUUACAGUUCAGAAGUGGGAUAAUCAAGGAAAUUUACAUUUUCUUGCUACGUCCACACGCUCGGAAAAACGUAAGUACUUACAUUCUAAAUUAAAACUUAAAAAUAAAAGGAUUGUCUACCUAAGCAAAAUAAUAAACUAAGUGUAACUCGAAGGUAAUGAGUCCAAUGCAAUAGUAUGAAAAAUAAGGCUUUCAAAAGAGGAAAUUUAUAGUCAAUUCAAUGUUAGUUGUGGUCAACAAUGAACGUUAUUUAAACAAAUAAUUUAUAAAUACCGUGUAAAUACGUACAAUGUCAAGUUGUGUAUUCAAAAAGUGAGAUAUACAUAAGUGUAUAAGGGAAUUAAAAACAAGAUUGUGCAGUGUUGUAGUAUUAAUCGGAUCACUUUUUGCGGUGAUUUUGUAGGGUCUAUAGUAUAAAAUUAUCAUUGAAUGAAUCAAAAAAAUAAAUUAAACUCGAUUUGGUGUUAAUGAGAUCCUUUUUUAUUUAUUUAUUUAUUUAUAUAUUUUUCUUUCUUUUGUGGAUACUUUAGUUUUUUUUUUUAAUAUUUUUUUUUGUUUUAUACAUUAUUUUUUUUUUAUUUUUUAUUUAUGGGAUAUUUCCUUUUCUGUUUACACUUUUAACAUAUCUAAGAAAGAUUACCACGUGUUAAAAUAAAAAUAAUGAUUACUAACCGUAUUUAUUGAAACUUAUAGAUAAUCGAACAUAGGUGUCAGAACUUUUAAAAUAUUACGAAUUUUAUAUUAAAUAUAAAAUAUAAAAUUCUAAGCUGUGUUCUUGGAAGUUUCAGAUAAUGGAAAAUGAUGAAAAUGAUACAGAGUAUACCCAAGGUAAAGGGUCUAAAAGGAAAAAAACUCCAGGUGGGGAGUUAAGGCAAAGGACAGAAUCCCUAGGUGGAGGGAUGAUGUCAAGGAAGGAUACCCUAGGUGAUGGGUCAUAUAUGCAAGUAAGGGGUGAGGCCCCAGGUGGGGGGUCUCAUCUAAGGAGGGGUGAGGCUCCAGGUGGGGGGUCUCAUCUAAGGAGGGGUGAGGCUCCAGGUGGGGAGUCUCAUCUAAGGAGGGGUGAGGCUCCAGGUGGGGAGUCUCAUCUAAGGAGGGGUGAGGCUCCAGGUGGGGAGUCUCAUCUAAGGAGGGGUGAGGCCCCAGGUGGGGGGUCUCAUCUAAGGAACUCAAUCCCAGGUGGGGGGUUGAGGUUACAGUUUAGAAAAGAACCGGAACGUGUAAGUGGAGGAGGAAAUAUGGCUGAUUCGGAUACGGAUAGUUGUGUAGGAGAGUCAAGGAAAGAAACUAGUAGAAGGUUAACUGAUCAACCGCAACGUUUAUAUAAACGAAGCCGAACAUUGCGGUCACAGGGACGGAAGAAGCACCAUUCUGUGUCCUCCGAUACUGAAGAGGAAUUACAUACGAACAGGAAUAGAAAAUCACGGUCAAAGCGACGUCACGCUGAAACUAAAAACAAUGAAACAAGCGAUUCUUUGAGUUCAGUCGGCGAGUCGCCGCCCACAAAAAGGUCGAAAACGUCGAAACGUAAAGAUGAAGAUAUGAUGGAUAAAUUUUUAGCUAUUUUAAAAAAAGUUAAGAGUUCGGAUAAACCUAAAAUAACGUUUAACACGAAUGUAGUACCGGAGUUCGACCCUUUGUCGAAAGACCAAUCUAUUUUAACAUGGAUCAAUAAAGUGGAGGAGUGUGCCGAAAUAUAUGGUUGGGAAGAAAGGGAAAUCAUACACUACUCAUUGCCUAAAUUAACCGGCGUAGCCAGAACAUGGUAUCAGGGUUUAACUUCGAUACUACAUACGUGGCCGGAAUGGAAAAAGAAAUUAAUAGAAUCUUUCCCAUGUAAAGAGGAUUAUGCCGAGCUCUUAACCGAAAUGUUGUCUAAAAGGGUAAAAUAUGGUGAGUCGUUAGAACAUUAUUACUACGCAAAGGUCAAUUUGCUAAAUAGGUGCAAAAUAUCCGGAAAACAGGCAGUAGAUUGUCUGUUACAUGGUGUAGAGGAUCGAGCUAUAAAAGUAGGCGCACAAGCAGCUCAAUUUCGGGAACCAGAACAGGUACUUAAAUAUUUUAAAACCGUUAAAUUAGGUAUAAGCAGGGAUCAUGACAACAUGCGGAAAGGUAGAUACGCAGUAAACACAAAUGAAGCAGAUUCUUCUAAAUCAGGUAAUUCUUUUAAUCAGUUAAUUCGGUGUAUUAAUUGUAACGAACUUGGACAUCCAAGCUUAAAGUGUGAUAAAGCUUCAUCAUCGGGUAAAUGCCAUAAUUGCGACGAGGUAGGUCACCGCAGCUUUAAGUGCGAAAAACCUCCCUCCAGGUGCACGACGUGCAAUCGAUUUGGUCACCUUACUUCGAACUGUUACAAGAACGUGGGAAGAUCUACAAUUGAGACUAAGACUACGGCUACUUCGGGUAACGAUCUUAAUCACAAGCAGAUCUCAGAAGUGAUGACUGAAGAUGUUGGAAUUAAUAAAUACGUCAUGGACAUCACUGUCAACGGAUCUACGGUGAGUAGCCAUAUAGACAUGGGUAGUCAGUGUUCACUUAUUAGGGAAAGUGAGGUCAAAUGCUUGAAUCUCCAAAUGACACCGCGGGAUAAAUUACCCACCCUUAGGGGUAUAGGAGGCAACCUAGUUAGCCCUCUUGGAGUAGUGGUCGCCACGGUUGAAGUUCAAGGCGUAGCCGCGACAAUAGAUCUUUAUGUUGUAGAGAAUUAUGUACUAAUGCACCCUGUUCUUUUAGGCCAUUCCUUCACUGAAAGACCAGACAUCUUGAUAAUUAAGACCCCAGAGGAAAUUAAAUUUCAAAGGAUCGUCCCAAAUAAAAUUUCGUUAGUGGCUAAUCAUGAUUGUGAAAUCCCUAGCAAUACAAUGCGCGCAGUGCAAAUUUCCACUGGUUGUCCUAUGCUAAAUUGUGUAUUAUAUGUAAAAGGUACGUUAUGCGGCCCAGACGGUAAAGAGUAUUAUUUACUCCCGGGACAGUACGAAAUCAAGCUUGGUCGUGGGGCUAUUCUUAUUCAUAAUAUUACACCACCUAAACCCUUAAGUAUAGUUGCAGGCACGCUUUUGACUAGAUCUGUAGAACAAAACAAGGUUUCAGCAGAUAAUAUUAAAAAUUCAUUCAGUGUUGUUUUCAAUAAAACAACAAUGGAUACCUCUGUGACUUAUAAUCCAAGGUAAGAUUUAGACAGCGGCAAGCUUUGAAAGAGUUAUUGGCGAGAUUUAGUGACUGUUUUUCUAGUGGAUUACAUGAUUUGGGUUUUACAAAGGUACAUGAAAUGACCAUAGAAGUAACUGAUGGCGAUCCCGUUGUAUAUCGCCCUUAUCGCAUGUCGCAGGCUGAAAGACUAAUGGUAAGUAAUAUGAUUAAGGAAAUGUUAGACAACCAAAUAGUAAGAGAUUCGUCAUCGCCGUAUGCAAGCCCUAUCAUCAUAGUACAGAAGAAAACAGGUGAUAAACGUUUAUGCGUUGACUAUAGGGCUUUGAAUAGAAAAACAAAAAAAGAUCACUAUCCGAUGCCUCGAGUAGAAGACCAGCUGGACCUAUUGGCAGAGGACCAUAAAUAAGAUACUGUUGGAAGCCUAAAUUAAGUAUGCCAUUGUUUACAUGGACGAUAUAUUGAUUCCAUCAAAGAACUUCGAGGAAGGUUUACAGAGACUGGAAGAAGUAUUACAGCUGUUAAAACAAGAUAGGGGAACGAGCUUUACCAGCAAAACAUUCCAGGACUUCGUUAAAUCAUACGGCAUUAAUCAUAUUAAAAAUGCUGUUGCGACUCCUAGGGCAAACGGUCAAGUGCACAUGCAGUCAUGGCGAAGACGAGAAGUGCUGGGAUGAUCAUGUUGAAGAUAUACAGGUCGGUAUAAACACAACUAAAAACAAAACCACACAAAAGAGCCCCUCUGAAUUAUUAUUCGGCUUUAAUGUUACCAGCAAGACAGAAGGUAAGUUAAGUGGUAUAAUUAACGAUACAAUUAAUAGGAUUCCGGUAGAAGAAUUAGAUGUGCUUAGGAAAGAGACAGGAGAGAAAAUAAAAGAGCAACAGGUAAGAGACGCAGUUAACUACAAUAAACAUAGAAAGGCGGCAACACAAUAUAAAGAAGGUAAUUUAGUUAGAGUCGAAAGGCAAGUAACUCACAAUGAUAACUCACAAAAACUUGUAUCAAACUAUCAAGGUCCCUACCGCAUCAUGGUAAAAAUGCUCAAUAACGACAGAUUUCUGAUUGAAGACACACCUUUGACACGAAAACAUGGCCGGAAAUACGAACCCGUCGUGUCUGUUGAUAAAAUCCAGCCAUGGAUGAAUUACUGUAGAAAUUAUGAAUCUGAAUCUAAUACUGAAAAAGAAGAUUAAUGUAAAUGUCUGGUUG